AUGCCGGUUUGUUGGUGUCGGGCGGCAGGGGCGAAAGUGCGCGUUGGCGAUCGAUGGCGCGCGUGCGCCGGGGCGGGGGCGCUCAUCUCCGCGCGGUGGCGCGCGCUGGCCGCGGCCGCGGAGGCAGACGCGGAGGCACAGGCAGUUGCGCGCCGCCUAUCGACCGCCUCGCGCGUGGCCGGGCCGGGCUGGGCUGGGCUGGGGAGCAGGCGCCCGGAGGUGCAGUCGUCGCUCGCGCUGAGCGGCCGCGCGGCGCCCGCCAAAGGGCCGGCGCGGCAGGAGGAGGAGGCUCCGCCGGGCCCCCGUCGCCCCCCCGCGCCCAGCCCCAGCCCACCCCAGCCGCGGGACCCGACGCUUAGAGCUCGAGGUGUUCGAGUGGAGGGCGAGCCAAGCGAGGGUGUAGGGCGAGGCGACGCGCGAGCGCCACCGCCAGCCGCACCCAGAAGAGGCGGCGCGCGAGCGCGGGGCGGGCAAGUGCCGGGCUGCGAGCUGGCGGCGCGGGGCAGCGGGGGCGGCGGACGAGCCGUCGCCCACCACCCACGCCCCGCCGCCCCAACACGCCUCCGCGAGUCGCUGCUGUCGGUGCUGGGAAGCUGGUGGUGUGGCGAGCGGCGCGGGCACGGGCGGCGGCGCGGGGGCGGGGGCACGGGCCCGGAGGGGGCCGCUACCGCCCGCACGGGGAGCCCCGUCGCCCCCUCGCUCGAGUGUGCGCGUGGCCUCUGCGCCCUCGAGACUGAGCGCCGCAUCCGGGCCAACGAUCGAGAAUACAACUCCCAGUUUAACUACGCGCCGAUGCAACGUGAUGGACGCAGUUAA